AUGGAGCGAGUUCACCGUUACGGUCCAAUCAACCAGAACGACAAAACGAUCCUUCACAUCUUCCUGCUGACGGAAAGGCGAAUUUUAUCAAUCACCUAUAAACUUUCGUUACAAGUUCAUGACCAUGCUGAAUCAUUGAUCAAUGGAUUCUUGGCCCCGAUGAGGACUCUGAGAUCGACUUCGACAGUUUUACCGAGGGCUGGUAUGGAGGAUUCCAUAGACAAUAUUGCACCACUGUCAACCUGCCGGUUAACGAGAGAAGCAAACUUGAAAUCAAAUUGCUUGUCCUGUGAUGGACAGAGAUGUGUUGUCACCAAGCUCUUGGAUGCGCAAUCUGUUCCCCACAACGAUACGACGAGCCUCGUUGCAUACACCGAAUGUGCCACAAUAGUAGGAUCGAGUAUUAGCAAUAAAAUUCAUCGCUUUCUUUCCUUUUUUGACGUGACCUGA